CGUCAUUGAGUAUAUGGCUAGCCCCAGUUAAACUGUCAAUGAUGCCUGUCUACCUGACCAUGUCUAUUGAAAAAGCUACAGGUAAUGAGUGCUUUGAUAUUGUAAUGAAUGGUGUGACUGCUGAAAAUUACAAAGAAAGAGAAAAGCAAAACAAAAGAGCUGUUUCAGCAAAUAUUGCUGGAACCCGUUUUAAAUUAGUGAAGAAAGUUUUGGAUAACCUGAACUUCUCCAUCAGUGAGGAUGACGAUUUUACCAGUUACCUUAUAUGGAGUGAUGCCUAUGUGUCCAAUGAGAAAGUUUCAGACUUACAGAACUACCAAAGAAUCAACCAUUUCCCAGGAAUGAUAAAAAUAACCAGGAAGGAUUACCUGGCACGCAACUUUGUCAAGAUGCAGAAAAUGUAUCGGGAUGCAUUUAGCUUCCACCCCAAAACAUGGGUGAUGCCAUCUGAAUUCUCUGAACUUUCCCAGAGACCUCGGUGCCAUGAGAUGAAGCAAGAGACCCAAACUUACAUUGCCAAACCUUUUAAUGGCUCUCAAGGACAUGGUAUUUAUUUAUGUAACAGUCUCGAGAAGCUCCACUUUGGGGAGAGUGCCAUUAUACAGGAAUACGUUCACAAACCACUUCUCAUCAACAAUGUAAAAUUUGACUUGCGUCUGUACGUCUUGAUCACGACUUGUGACCCCUUGCGCGUGUUUGUCUACAAGGAGGGUUUGGUUCGUCUAAGUACUGAGAAAUACCUCCCACCAGCAGAAGACAAUUUGGAGAACUUGUUUAUGCACCUAACAAAUUACUCGAUUAAUAAGCGCAAUAACUCCUAUGAGAAGUCAACAUCUCCCAAGGAUGGCAUCAAACGAUCUUUCAAGUAUCUGAACCAGUACCUCCGCCAGAAUGACUACGAUGUUACUCAGUUGUGGCAACAAAUCUACGACCUAAUUGCAAAAACGAUGAUCAUGGCUGAACCACACCUGUUGCAUGCGUAUCGUAACUGCCGGCCUGGCGCUCAGCCGGGCAGUGCCAGUGUUUGCUUUGAGAUACUCGGUUUUGAUGUACUUGUUGACUCAAAUCUGAAACCAUGGUUACUGGAAGUGAACAGAUCUCCAAGUCUAAACACAGACCAAAACAUUGAUCUUGAUGUGAAGUCAAGACUGUUAGAAGACACAAUAACACUUCUACAUAUCAAGAGCAGUGACAAAACCAGAACCCUUGCCGCCCAGAAAGCGGAAGCCCAGAAAAGACUGUUUAGUAAAGUUGGAAGGAACCCCAAGUUUGAUAUAAAUGGAAAAGUUAGUCAGAGUAAACUAGUAGCAACAAAGAGAAAAAUGGAAUUGAAAAAUUUGUUGAACCGAUUGCAAACCAAUGCUUCCCAAGAAAUCUAUGAAAAUGAAAAUUGCGGUGGUUUUUUCCGGAUAUUUCCCUCCGAUGACAAACUGCAGCAACAGAAGUACUCAACGUGGAUGGCCUAUGCCUUUUCUGUGUUUAAAAACGACAUUAAAUCUUCCAUGACAAAAGGGAAACAUUACGACUUCAGUUACCUUUGGCAGGAAGACGAAAUCCUGAAUAUGCUGGCAGAAUGUGAAGCUGCUGAAAUGAAGAAAACAUUUAAAGAAACAAAUUAUCCAAGUCACGGAACCUGCUUAUGAAUGAUUUUUUGGAUGGAUAUUUUGCUUUGCCAACCCACAAUUCACUGUAUAACCCUCACUUUCCUUGAAAAGCUUCAAACGAAUGAUAUUAUCAAUAUGUUUUUUGGGUUUGUCUUUUUUUUUUUUUUUAUCAUCAUAUCAAUAAAUAAUGAAAAAAAAAA